AUGACCAAGCCUAAUCUCCUGGAGCUCCCUCGGGGAGUUCAGCUCGUCUACCUCGCCGAGGGAGGGGCAAACGUCAUUUAUCGAUUUGUCGCAAACACAGCACGCGCACCAAAGGACAUAUCUCUCUCCCCAAGUAAUGCAGACUAUUCUCUACCAGCCCAACUAAGGGGGAAACUCCUUCGACUCCGCAAAGAAACAGCAGCCGACAUUCCUUACAAAGAGAUUGUCCGAAACUUCGACACCAUCAUCCGACCCUUAUUCACCCCCGACGAACUAGUCGACCAAACCCUCAUCCGACUCCCAGAGGGUCUCCUCUCGCGCUGCAACGACCAACUGCGAACCGCAGAACUAAAUGACGCGCGUCCGAAAAAGCGCCAUGGCAACUAUCUCUGCCUAAACGAACCAUUCGGUUUGCUCAUUACCGACAUGACGACGGCCGGCGAACCGGGCGCGUAUCUGGCCGAGCUGAAACCGAAAUGGUUGAACCAGUCGCCUUCAGCACCUAGCACCGCACAAAGAUGUCGGACCUGUGCGCUGCGGGAGAUGAAGAACCGCGAGGCACUGCUGCUGGGCCUGAAAGAGCAGCGGUCGUUUUGUCCGCUGGACCUUGUCUCGGAGCAAUUUGAGAACGUGCUGCGGGCGACGGGGUCGAUUAAGGGAUGCAAGGACCGAGCGCGGCUGGCUCGGAUCUUGUAUCGGAAUCCGACGAUGCUGAGAUUGCAGUCGUUGCAGAAGAGUGAGAGGGAGGUUGGACUGCACGGGCCGCCAGCGCAUUCUCGGGGGAUGUCGCUUGCGAUGACUCUGCGGGACUGUACGAUGUUUAUUAAGAUUCCCAAUGAUGAAAGAGCACCCGUUCAAAUCCGCCUUGGCGACCUCGAUCUCAAGUCAGGUGCUGGCGGAAAGGCCGGUUACUGGCGAGACCUGGAAACCCAAUUGAUCGAAGAGGGUUGGUAUCGGGGUAGCAACAUCGGUCAAGGUUCAAGCGAGUGCGCUUUGCACACGCGAAGGCCCUCUCAGUCCCUUGCAAUAUGA